AUGGAACGGGACGAAGACACCGUCAUGGGAGAGGCUGGCUCCCACCACCCUCACCCGACUACUACUUCGCACCAUCUGACCGAUGGCGUCAGCGAGCAGCACCAAAUGCCCGCCCAUCUCCUGGGGAGAUCGGAUCCGUGGCUAGCACCGCCAUUGCUGGGCUCGUCCAUCAAUUUACCCAUCCAGUCAGGGGAUGGAGCAGGCGACGCCGGCGUUUCGCCCCCCAAGAGUCUGCCGAAGUCGACCGACUCUGGCGAUGCGACCGCUGAGGAUCUCGACAAGCCAGACAGCUUGGUGGAAGAGAACUCGAACUGGUCUGAUGACGAUGUUGCCACCCGGACGGGCCUGCCAAUUGCCUCGCUCGCGUCCGGACUGUGCUACGAUGUUCAAAUGCGCUAUCACUGCGAGGUCCGGCCAAGCACAGAUGUCCAUCCGGAAGACCCGCGACGUAUCUACUACAUUUACAAAGAGCUGUGUCGAGCGGGCCUUGUAGACGACUCUGAGUCGUCUCGGCCACUGGUCUCUCGACCCUUGCAGCGAAUCAGUGCCCGCAAUGCUACCGAAGAAGAGGUCUCACUGGUACACACGCCGGACCAUUAUGCUUUUGUGGAGAGCACGAAAGAUAUGUCUGACGAGGAGCUGAUCCAGCUGGAACACCAACGCGACUCGAUCUAUUUCAAUAAACUCACGUUUGCGUCGUCCUUGCUUUCGGUCGGCGGUGCUAUUGAGACAUGCCUUGCUGUCGCCACCCGAAAAGUGAAGAAUGCAAUCGCCGUUAUCCGGCCGCCCGGGCAUCAUGCUGAGCAUGACAAAACCAUGGGGUUCUGUUUAUUCAACAAUGUUUCUGUGGCCGCACGUGUUUGCCAGAGGGAGCUCGGAGACAGCUGUCGAAAGAUUAUGAUUCUGGAUUGGGAUGUUCAUCACGGAAAUGGUAUUCAAAAGGCAUUCUACGACGACCCCAAUGUCCUCUACAUCUCGUUGCAUGUGUAUCGGGAUGGCAACUUUUACCCGGGCGGUGACGAAGGUGAUUGGGAUCAUUGUGGUGAAGGCGCAGGGCUUGGCCGAAAUGUCAAUAUUCCUUGGAAGAAUCAAGGCAUGGGCGAUGGCGAUUACCUCUUUGCAUUUCAGCAGGUCGUCAUGCCGAUUGCUCAGGAGUUCAAUCCGGACUUGGUAAUAAUUGCCUCUGGAUUUGACGCCGCCGUGGGCGACGAGCUUGGAGGAUGUUUCGUGACCCCGGCCUGUUAUGCCGCGAUGACACACAUGUUGAUGACGCUGGCGGAAGGAAAGGUUUCCGUUUGCUUAGAGGGCGGUUACAACUUCCGGUCGAUUUCGAAAUCGGCGCUUGCAGUCACCAAGACCCUCAUGGGGGAUCCGCCAGAUAGACUGCAUUCCAACACGCCGUCGGAUGAGGCGAUCUCCGUUGUGCGGCAGGUCAUGAUGAUCCAGUCUCGUUUCUGGCGGUGCAUGUAUCCGAAGCGACCAGAGACGGAUGGAUUGUGGACGGAUAGGCUUCAUGAUGUCAUCCGCGCGUACCAGUCGAAGCAGCUCUACGACAACUACAAGCUUACAUCACUUUAUAUCUACCGGACGGCUAUUUCCAAGUCAUUCGAGAACCAAGUAUUGGCGAGUGCAAACUACUACCAAGCCACACCUCUCCUGGUGAUCUUCCACGACCCACCGGAAAUCAUGGGCUUGCCCCAUCCCGUCACCAACAAGCUGGAGGCCCACAACUGCUGGAUGGCUGAUGUCAUGAAGGACUAUAUCGCAUGGGCGAUUGGCAAAGGCUACGCUGUGAUAGAUGUAAAUAUUCCGAAACAUGCGACAAUGGAGCCGUCACCCGGGAAAUACGAGGACGAAAGCGAGAAUAGGCCUACCGCUACCGAAGAGCUGGCUGGAUAUCUGUGGGACAAUUACAUCGAACCGAACGACGCGACAGAGAUUUUCCUUCUCGGCAUCGGCAACGCAUUCUACGGAGUUGCAAACCUUCUAAUCAACAGAGACACACUAUACCAACGAGUCAACGGCGUCGUCUCAUUCGUCGCCGAGAACCCCGUCCGCGCAGUAGCCUCGCACACGCAGACCUGGCUCUCCCGAUGGUACAGAGACAAUUCCCUCGUAUUCGUCUCCCACACGCACGGCGUCUGGAACAACACCGGCCAGCGCAAGCCCUCCAAGCGCUACGGGCAACUGAUCCAGUCUCCCAAAGCGGGGCUCAGCGAGAUGCUGAUGCACCACAAGGGGGAUGUCUUCCGGUGGGUCGAGGAGCGGGCGGAUGUGCAUGAUAGCGAGGAGGUCGAGGAGGAGAAGCGGACGAGCCGGUCGCCGAGUAAGAAGAAUACUCAGCCGACACCUGGGUUGAAUUGA